UUGUUGGAAUGGCCCGCUGGGUUUGUAGGGUUUGCUGUUUGGUUAUUGAGUUUUCGAUACAGUAAAUGUGUUAUAAUGUAAAUAAGUAACACGUCAACAAAAACAGUCAUCUCCGAACGGGGUCUUGCGAGCGAUAUAACAGAUUUAUACAUUUAAAGUCUAGGGUGAACACAGGAUUUCAGUAUGAGUCAGUGGGAAGCCCUAAAACAACUUGACACAAAGUACUUGCAGCAGUUAGAUGAUCUGUACCAGAAUGAAACCUUUCCUAUGGAUGUUCGGGAAUAUCUCUCUCAUUGGAUUGAAGCUCAAGACUGGGAGAAGGCUGUAACGAAUUAUUCACUGGCUACGAUCCAUUACCAAAAUCUAUUGGAUCAAAUCAACAAUCAGUACAGCCGCUUUAUGCAGGAGAAGUUGUUUGUAUGUCAGCACAACUUCAAGAAAUACAAGCAAAGUGUGCAGGAAUGUUAUGGAGAGGAUCCUGUUCUGUUGGCAAAGGUUGUCGCUGCUCGACUGAAGCAGGAGAAGAUGAUACUAAACGCUGUUGUAGAGGAUCAGCAGACUGUCCUGGAUGCAACCCAACCUGUCGACUGUGAAAGACACCAGGACAUUGACCAGAAAAUUACUGCCUUGAGAAACGACGUGCAAACACGUAAGCAGGAGUUGAAAUUCCUAGAGGAACAACAAGAUGAAUUUGAUUUCAAAUACAAGACUUUCAAGUGUCAAGAAUCACACAGUUCCCCUGAACAAGUGCAGGAAGAAAUGAAAGUACUGCAAGAUAUGCUAAAUAUUCUGGACCGUGAUCGGAAAAUUGUCAUUCAUAAAUUCCAAGAGCUUUUAGUGGAAGCUGAGAAGCUACUGGACACACUGGUGAAAGAACAGUUGGCAGACUGGAAGAGGUGCCAACAGAAAGCCUGCAUUGGUGCUCCUAUGGACGUUUGUUUGGAUCAGCUGGAGAGCUGGUUUACUGCAAGUGCACUGUGUUUGUUCCAAGUGAAAAGAUUGCUAAAGAAACUCGAGGAGCUGGGAAUUAAACUGACCUAUGAUAAGGAUCCUUUUAUAACGCAAAGACCUGCUUUAGAGAAACAAGCUGUGACUCUAUUAACUUGCCUCAUCAAAAGUGCAUUUGUUGUGGAGAAUCAACCUUGUAUGCCUGUUCAGAGUAAGAUGCCUCUGGUGUUGAGAACCAGCUCCCAGUUCUCUGUUAAGCCACGACUUUUAGUGAAACUGCCAGAUUUAGCAAAUCAUAUUAUGAAAGUGAAGGUUUAUAUUGAUAAGCAUUCACCAAAUGGGAAAGGGUAUCGUAAAUUCAAUGUACUUGGCACAACGACAAAGGCGAUGAACAUGAUGGAUUCCAAAUUCGGGGGCUUGUGUGCUGACUUCAGGCAUUUGCAACUAAAGGAGCAGAAGUCUGGAAUUGGAGGAAAAGGAAGUAAUGAGGCUUCUCUCGUUGUGACUGAGGAGCUCCAUCUUAUUAGCUUUGAGACUGAGCUGGUUUACCAAGAGCUCAACCUCGUUCUUGAGACUUGCACUUUACCUGUUGUUAUCAUUUCCAAUGUCAGUCAGCUCCUUAGUGGCUGGGCCUCAGUGGUUUGGUACAACAUGCUCUCCAAUGAUCCAAAGAAUUUAACGUUCUUUUCCAGUCCUCCCAUUGCACCGUGGAGCCAGCUAUCCGAGGCAUUAAGCUGGCAGUUUUCUUCAAACACCAAAAGGCAUCUGGAUGCUGAGCAGCUCAACAUGCUGGCAGAAAAGUUAUUUGGGUUUCAACCGAACUAUGCAGAAUGUUCCAUUACAUGGGCCAGGUUUUCCAAGGAGAAUUUACCAAAUCAGAACUUUUCCUUCUGGCUGUGGUUGCAAGGUGUCCUCGAGCUCAUCAAGAAAUACCUGGAGGAUAUCUGGAAUGAUGGGAACAUUAUUGGAUUUUUGAGCAAGAAGAGAGAACGCAGUUUGUUGAAAAGGAAGCCAACUGGGACUUUUCUGCUUCGCUUCAGUGAGAGCUGCAAGGAUGGUGGCAUAACCUUCUCAUGGGUGGAACAUUUACCAAAUGGGGACUUCAAAAUCCGAUCAGUGGAACCAUACACCAAGGCUCACCUGGCUAACAUUCCUCUUGCGGAAAUCCUUCGCUUUUAUAAAGUGAUGGCAGAUGAGAAUGUCCCAGAACACCCUCUGCUGUAUCUGUACCCAGAUAUUCCCAAGGAUGAGGCAUUUGGAAAAUAUUACUUAAACUCUGAAGCAGGUUUUAAAAACAACAAAUACUUGAAAACCCGUUUAAUCGUGGUAUCAGAAAGACGGUCUUCUGAUCUUCCCAGUGACGAGAUCAUGAAUGAUUGUCAGCUGGAUAACAUUCAAUUAUCAGAUUUAAUGGAAUUUCUGGAAUCUGAUUCGAUGAUUCAGAACAAAUGGUGAAAUUUCUAGAAUGUGGACUUCGUUCCAUCAUCUUAACUCUGUACACUUCAUAGGAUUAUCUUUCACAAUGUUUUCAAUUCUGAGAUUGAGCUGUCACUGUAAACAGCAAACCUGUUAUGUUGCUAAAAUGCAAUCUUGUGAGUGCGUAAAAACAAGCCAACACUGAUGGUACAUGUGACAUGAGCUUGGAAGAGUAUCAGUGAACCAUCUCAUUUCCAUUCCAAUUUAUGUCAGAAAUUAAAGGAGAAAUGUGAAUGUUGUUGUUUUCUGAAGCAGUGUUGCCCCAAUGAAUCUUGUUUUCUGCUUAACUGACCAGGAGAAAACGGUGUUAUGGUCCAUGCUAUCCGCAUGUUGGAGGUGGUGUAGCAUAUAAAUUCAUGUAAAACAUUAUUCUGCUGAGACAGGAAGAGGCCAGGCCACGAAUGUUUUUCCCUCACACUCCUCCCCCAACCCCGCACCCAAAAACAACACUAACCUCACGAUUGUUGCUUCUCUUCCCCCGCCUGUAUCAUUAAAUGGCCCUUGUAGGAUCACAAGUCAUCAAUUUGCUGAUUAACCUUAUGCUUUCUUCUACUUUGCAAAAUAUUCUUGUAGCUGUAGAAUAUGUUUGAAACUAAGAAUUUUUAGGGUAAACUCUUAGCUUUGCACUUAUCUGCAAUAUAUAUAGUACAAGUCAAAGUGACAGUAAACAUGAUGAUUCAGGCUCAUUGCAGAUGCAAAUUCCCAUUAUAGUUAAUAUUUUGCUAACCUUCCAUGAGUAGUCUUUACAUGAUUCAUCUGGGAAGGAAUGGUGGGAGGAAUAACAUUCAGGACUGUUUCUUUUUUCCCUCCAAAUACUGGAGAACUAGUCGUUAAAACUAUAGAGUUAAAGCCGCUACUGUUCAUGCAAAAUGUUGGGGUUGGGGACGGAGGGUGGCUCUUGUGGUACAGUGGUAGUGUCCAGGUUCAAGUUCUCACCUGCUCCAGAGGUGUGUAUUAAAAUGUUUUGAACAGGUUGAUAUAGAAAGUUUCUGCGUGCAAAAUGUCUGAGUUUUCAGCAACUUGGAACAAGCCAGGCUUUCUGCAGAUAUCUCUCAGCUCCUCUUGGUAUGUAUGUUCUGUUAACUGACUGAGACCAGGCUCUACCUAUAUUUUAUUUCCACAGGAUCAAAAAUAAUGCCAUUGGUUUGUGUUGUUUUUCCUUUUGGUUAAGUUUGUCUGAUCAGUUUAUCGCUGUUUGUGUAAUUUUCAUUCUUUGAUCAAUAAAUAAUGUAAAACAA